AACUGGACUAGUAUCCAUCUAUUUUUCCAGUCCACUUUUGAACCCAUUUCAUCAAAUCGGAUCUUUCUCCCGUUCCUCUGCAAUGUCCCCUCCCAGAAUCCUUCUCGCCGGCGACGUUCUCGGCCGCCUCAAUCAACUCUGCAAACGCGUCUCUUCGGUUAACAAAUCAGCUGGUCCAUUCGAUGCGCUUCUAUGCGUUGGCCAGUUUUUUCCGGAUAAUUCUGACCGGCUCGAAGAGUUCAUGAACUAUAUAGAUGGACGGAGCACUUUUCCGUUGCCUAUUUACUUUAUCGGAGAUUACGGAGCUGGAGCUCCCAAGGUUUUGUCUGUUGCAGCAAAAGAUUCCGCCAAUUUAGGGUUUAAAAUGGACGGUCUUAAAGUCUGCGAUAAUUUGUUUUGGUUGAAAGGCAGUGGCAAGUUCACUCUCCACGGACUAUCUGUCGCAUACCUAUCUGGUAAGCAAUCAGCAAGUGGGCAACCAUAUGGAACAUAUAGUCAAGAUGAUGUUGAUGCUUUGCGGGCUUUAGCUGAAGAAUCCGGAAUAGUAGAUAUAUUCUUAACUAAUGAGUGGCCGAGUGGGAUCCUGAAUGGAGUUCCGACAACAGAUAUUCCUCUUGGGAUUCCGGACUUAUCUGAUACUGACUCCACAAUCUCGGAGUUAGUUGCAGAAAUAAAACCCAGGUAUCAUAUUGCAGGAAGUAGAGGGGUAUUUUAUUCUCGAGAACCAUACGCAAAUAUUGAUGCUGUCCAUGUGACUCGUUUCAUUGGUCUAGCUCCAGUUGGAAAUUCAGAUAAACAGAAAUUCAUCCAUGCACUUUCUCCUACUCCAGCAGCUACCAUGGUGGCUACUGAGAUAUCCAUGAAACCGACAAAUACUACUUCUAGUCCCUAUGCAUCUCUGGGCAAAUCAUCUCAUAAUGAUGGAAAGAGGUCUAGUGAAGAUAUUUCGGACUCACAGUACUGGCGAUAUGAUGUCUCUAAAAAGCGUCAAAAACAUGGUGAUGGUGAUAGGUUGUGUUUCAAGUUCAUAUCUUCUGGUUCUUGUCCGCGUGGGGAGCAAUGCCACUUUCGGCAUGACAUGGAGGCCAGGGAACAAUCUCUAAGAGGAGUGUGCUUUGACUUUAUGAACAAAGGAAAAUGUGAAAGAGGUCCAGAUUGCAACUUUAAGCACAGUUUACAAGAAGAAAGCUUGAAUGGUUCUGUUAGGAGACCUAAGGGAAACACUGACAGGUCGAAAGAAUGCUGGUUUUGUUUGUCGAGUCCGAACGUGGAGUCACAUCUAAUUGCCAGCAUAGGAGAGCAUUGCUAUUGUGCUCUUGCUAAAGGACCACUUGUUCCUGAACAUGUGCUCAUAUUGCCUGUUGAACAUCUUCCAAAUUCCAUUUCUUCUCCACAAGAAUGCGAGGUUGAUAUAGUUAGAUUUCAAAACAGUCUUCGAUCGUAUUUCAAAGACCAAGCCAAGGAAGUUGUUUUCUUUGAGUGGAUUUUUGUACGUGGAACUCAUGCUAAUCUUCAGGCUAUUCCUAUUCCAUCUUCUAGAGCAGCAUCUCUCCAUGAAGUCUUCAAUUUAGCUGCAGAUAGAAUGGGGUUUAAAUUUGAAAUCUUAAAACCCGAUACAAGCUCUGAAGGGAGAAAUACAUUGAGGAAGCAAUUUAAUAGAAAUUGCAGUUUGUUCUAUGUGGAAUUACCUGGAGGUACCAUAUUAUCACAUGCUGUUGAAGAGAAUGAGAAGUUCCCUGCCCAGUUUGGUCGUGAGGUAUUAGCGGGGUUGCUGAACAUGGCAGAUAGGGCUGAUUGGAGGAAUUGCAAACUCAGUAAGGAUGAGGAAAUAAAGAUGGUAGAAAAUUUUAAGAGCAGUUUUGAAAAAUAUGAUCCAAAUCAAUGAUUUUCAGGCCACUAGGAGGUGCCUUUCUAUGGUAGAAUACAGCAGAGCUGAUCUCUGUUUAUCAACUCCCAAUACCCUUGCAGUGGGUUCUGUCCUCUAGGCAGCUGGUAUUGGAUAAAGGCCUUUGAGCUGGCAUGGUGAGGCUCUGAUACCAGCCACCAGCUGGACAAAGGAGUUAGUAAUUUGAGCUUGUAAUUUGUUGUCAUGUUAGGUGGGUAUUUACAAGUGCAAGUUACUCUGAUAUUAUAUGAGAGUAGUGUUACAGUGACACCUUGCGUACAUUAGGUCUGUUAGUGGAGGAAGUCAAGGCUUGUGUUUGAUAUAUAUUCAAUAUCUCAAUUUUUGAAAGGUUCUAGAACAUCUCCCUGACUUGC